AUGCUUGCAUCAUUCCGAAAACAGGACAAAAAGGAUGAAGAAUCAGGAACAAGUGGAAAUCCAUAUAAGAAUCUUGAAAAAGCAUCUGUUCUUCAAGAAGCUCGUACAUUUAAUGAAACUCCUGUAAAUGCACGAAAAUGUAUUCAAAUAUUAACAAAAAUUAUUUAUAUGAUUAAUCAAGGUGAACAAUUAGGUCAAACAGAAGCGACAGAAACAUUUUUUGCUAUGACAAAAUUAUUUCAAUCCAAAGAUAUGAUGCUUCGUCGUAUGAUUUAUUUAUCAAUAAAAGAAAUGUCAACAGUUGCAAGUGAUGUUAUAAUUGUAACAUCAAGUUUAACUCGUGAUAUGACUGGAAAAGAAGAUUCUCAUCGUGGACCAGCUAUACGAGCCUUAUGUAAAAUUACUGAUGCAUCAAUGAUGCAAAGUGUUGAACGAUAUAUGAAACAAGCAAUUGUUGAUAAAUUACCAUCAGUUGCAUCGGCUGCAUUAACAUCAUCAGUUCAUUUAAUGCGUCAAGGUCCUGAAGUAGUUAAACGAUGGGUUAAUGAAGUUCAAGAAGCUGUUAAUAAUGAUAAUAUAAUGGUACAAUAUCAUGCUCUUGGUCUUUUAUAUCAAAUACGUCGAACAGAUAAACAUGCUAUUAGAAAAUUAAUUGUUAAAUUUUCUAAAGCUGGUCUUCGAAGUCCAUAUGCAUAUUGUUUUCUGAUUCGUAUUGCAUCUAAUCUUAUAAAUGAAGAAGGCGAAGGAACGGAUAGUCCAAUGUAUGAUUUUAUUGAUUCAUGUUUACGUCAUAAAAAUGAAAUGGUUAUUUAUGAAGCUGCAUCAACAAUUGUAUCACUUAAAUGUGUUACACCAAAAGAACUUAGUUCAGCUGUUAAUGUUCUUCAAUUAUUUAUUUCAUCACCUAAACCUGUUUUACGUUAUGCAGCCGUUCGAACACUUAAUAAAGUUGCUAUUCAAUAUCCAGCAGCAGUAACAGCUUGUAAUGUUGAUCUUGAAACAUUAAUUACUGAUUCAAAUCGUUCAAUUGCAACAUUAGCUAUAACAACUCUUCUUAAAACAGGUAAUGAAGCAGGUGUUGAUCGAUUAAUGAAACAAAUCUCAUCAUUUUUAUCUGAAAUAUCAGAUCAAUUUAAAACAGUUGUUGUGGAUGCAAUUAAAUCAUUAUGUCAAAAAUUUCCACGUAAACAUACUGUAUUAAUGACAUUUCUUGCAAAUAUGUUACGUGAAGAAGGAGGUUAUGAAUAUAAAAAGGCAAUUGUUAAUACAAUUAUUUCAAUUGUUGAAGAAAAUCCUGAAGCAAAAGAAGCCGGUUUGGCUCAUUUAUGUGAAUUUAUCGAAGAUUGUGAACAUACAUCAUUAGCUACUCGUAUUCUUCAUUUAUUGGGUCGUGAAGGACCACGUACAACAACACCAGCUAAAUAUAUUCGUUAUAUUUAUAAUCGUGUUAUUCUUGAAAACGCACCUGUUCGAGCUGCUGCCGUAAGUGCAUUAGCUAAAUUUGGUGCAGCAUCAGAAGAUUUAUUACCAAAUAUUUUGGUACUUUUACAACGAACAACACUUGAUCAAGAUGAUGAAGUUCGUGAUCGUGCUACUUUUUAUUAUCAAUUAUUAAAACAUAAUGAUAAAGCUCUCAAUUCAGCUUAUAUUCUCAAUUGUAAGUAA